CCGCCCCUCCUCUCCACCCCUCCAGAUGCUGCGCUCCGUCUUCUCCUCCGCCUUCGGGAUGCUGGGCGCCCUGUACUGCCUGGCGGUGGCGGGCGCCGGGCUGCGCGUGGGACCCAAAUGCUUGGUCGGCAACAAGUGGGACUACCACCUCCAGGACACCCAGGGCGCUUACCUGCACAACCACACCCUGUGGAGUCUGUGCGAGGCGCCGCCUCACGUGGUCCCCUGGAACGUGACCCUCUUCUCCAUCCUGGUGGCCGCGUCGAGCCUGGAGACGGUGCUGUGCGGCGUGCAGCUGGUGAACGCGGCCUUCGGCGUGCUGUGCGGGGACUGCCGGAAGAGGGAGGGCGCAGCGCACUGAUUCGAGGGGCCACCCCCAACACCCCAUUUCUGGGGGUCCCCGCGGACCAUCCACGCCCCGCGGCGACGACUAACGGCUUUCAUUGCUCGAGAUUCUCCUUCAUGGAAUAAACCGCCCUGAGCGCCCUCCGCCCCGGUUUGCACUGUGGAAGGAGGUGCCGUGGGCCUUCAGACACACCCGUCUAGGCUUGGGGCCUCUGUCUGUGCCCCCAAGUCCCCCUCACCCCUCACCCCGCUUAUUCUUUUCUUAGCAAAUAGUGACUGUCCUGGAAAUAAAAUUCUGUGCUCUUGAGGAAUUUUACACGCUCAUGAUGAAA